GUCCCGUACUUAACGGGGAUACAUAUGGUGCAGAUGACACCUGACUCAGCGAAUUUAGUAUGUACUGUGAAUCAAUGCACACUUGGGCUCCGAAACUUUUGUGACACAGUGAUCUCUUAUUAGCCAAUUCCUGUACGGAGUAUGUAUAAAUGUACUGCUACGUAGUCUUCGGAAUCCGGAAGACAAAAUUCCCCGAUCGGCUGUCACCCGAGUUUAGCUACGAUCUUCAGGUACAGAGAUCUCCUGAGACAUCUUACCAGACGAAACUUACGAACGACGCUCGUCUCUCCUGAAUGAAGGUCCUGCGAUGGCUUUUCCAUGGUAACCCACGAGUUUGGUACCGCCAUCCAUCUGCCGUUGCACAAUUUAACAAUCCAACCCGGAGACAUGUUCAAUUGAGCACCCAAAACAUUCCCUCCCUCAUAACGCCUUGCGGGUAUCAUCCUUUGAAAAUCCUUGACGAUGCUAGCAUAGAGAAUUUCCGCAAGGAGCACUUCUUUCCCGAGCUUCCUGUUGUCUUCCCACGCCGUCGCUUCCGCGAUCUACCUGCCUUUGGACGCUGGUUCCAGUCUUCCCCAUCCGACCCCAAUGUAUCCCGAUUGAAUACCGCAUACCUUGAGCAGCACGGUGCAGACGCUCUUGUCCCACUAGAACUUACACAGCCAUCGACGGAACCGGACAAGGAUGAUAUUAGUUUUAGACAAUUCAACGCACCUCUCAGACUUUUUCUGGAAUGGAUGCGCACAGCCGAGGAACAGCCGCAGUCGAUUCGACUGUAUUUAGCACAAUGCCAGCUAUCUGAUUUGCCACAGACGCUUCGUGACGAUUUUGCGACUCCCGAGCUUGUGUCCCAGGCGGGCAACGGCGAUGUCUACGAUACCAAUGUAUGGAUCGGUUAUCCGCCUACAUACACCCCCCUUCAUCGUGAUCCCAACCCGAACCUGUUCGUUCAACUUGCCGGACGAAAAGUUGUGCGGUUAAUUGCCCCCGACGAUGGACAGGCGCUGUUCGCGUCGGUGAGAAGGCAACUAGGGAGGAGUGGGAAUCGCGAAGCUGCUGUGUUUCGAGGGUCAGAAAUGAUGCAGGGACGAGAGAGGACACUGCUGGAGAAGGAGGUUUGGGACGAUAACUUGGACACAGCCAGUUCGGAGCGCAAGUAUAUCGGGUACGAAGCACAGCUGGAGGCUGGCGAUGGGAUGUUCAUUCCUAAAGGAUGGUGGCAUAGCAUUAAGGGGGUAGGACAUGAUGUCACUGCUUCGGUCAAUUGGUGGUUUAGAUAAAUUCAGAGUAAAUAGUCUCCAUAUAAUACAAUAUAUUCUACCAAA